AUGAUUUACGAGCUGCUAACACUUGCAAUUGCUUCGUCAUAUGUCGCCGCAAUCUACUUUGCACUACCAACACAUCUACGAAACAAGGACCGUAAUAAUUUUAAAGUGAUUCGACACAGAUUGAAACGAGUUACAUUACUUUGUGCUGUUCUCGUCCUCUUUAUUCCAUUGUUGAUACCAGGAUCAUUCAUCAAUAAUAUACGACAAGUUGGAUUGGUUCCGGGACUCACUACUAGUGGUAGCAUAUCUAAUGACAUUGCCAGCAUUUGGUACUCAUUCAAGUUUAUCAAUAUUUUGUUUGCGUGUUCAAUAUUGCAGAUAUAUGUUGAGUCAACAUUGAAUGAUAUUUCAAAUACACCUAUACUCUAUCAUGUCAGAGACUAUGUAUUUGCCCCAAUGACUGAAGAGCUCAUCUACCGUGGGUUGGUUUUACUAGUCGUCACCAAAACGUGCCCACAUUUCGUCAAGUACACACCGUACUUGUUUGGUAUUGCCCACUUCCAUCAUGCAAUAGAAUCAUACAACAGCAGAUCCAUAGAGGAAACUGUACAAUCCGUGAGUGGUUCUAGAUACUGCCGUGGUGACCAAUAUCAGACUAGAACUCUUAGAAUACAGUUGGCGGGUGUGUCGGGAGCCAAGUUGAUAGAAGAUACUGCUGUGGUUACGAGAGCAUUUUUAACAAUCUCAUCACGGACUAGAGCUGCUCAUCUCAUCAUAUAUCAUAAAGAGAUUCAGCUGUUUGUGAUAAGAAUAUCUUAA